AUGGAUGGAUAUGAUUGUGGACAUGAGGAUGAAGAGAAGGACUGUGAGUAUUUUCGUUGGAUUGACCCACCAAUGUUGAAUAAGUGGUAUAAAGAAAGAAUGUAUGAAUUAGGAGCUGUUGCUAAUGGGGGUGUAGUUAUUCCUUUAAAUAACCCUGUUAAUGAAGGUGAAAUACCUGUUGAUGGCCCUAUUGCCCCUGUGAAUGUCGAUGUCCCUAUUGCCCCUGUGAAUGCUCUUGAACUUGAUAAUCAAAUUGCAAUGCGUGAGAAUACACAUGUGCCUGGUAAUGAAUUUGGAUUCUGCAAGUGGAUGAUGGUUUGUUUCGUUUGUUUCAUUGUAGGGAUGAUGUAUGGUUAG